GUACAUUGGUGUUUUGAUAUUAUCCCUUUAAAGUUAAGCUAUAUAAUACGUGUACUCGCAGUGCAUCUCAGUUGUACAACGACAACAACGUCAACAACAACAACAUCAUGAACAUGAUUUUGCCGGCUCUUGCAGUGCUCUUGCUUUGUGUGGCACAAAGCAAUGCUCAAUAUUUCUGGGUUAACAUGCCGAGCAACACCUGCAUUAAAGAUCAUAACGAUAAAACUUUUUCCUCAGUCCCAGAUAGACAGGCCUGUAGGCAGAAAUGUGAAGAUGAAACAACAUUCACAUGUAGGUCCAUAGAUUACGCAACAAGUACUGGCCAAUGCCACCUUUCUGUCUCAUAUACUGGGAACGUGCAAAUAGACGCCCCAUGUGAUCCUGUCUUUCAGUAUUCCGAGAGACGAGAACCAUCAUGCUGGACCUGGAGUAACCUGGACAACACAUGCAUAAAAGGUCAAAACAUAGCUACAUUUACGACUUCUUCAAUGUGUGAGUGCAAAGAGAAAUGUACAAAUUAUGUUCCGACGACGUGUCGAUCAGUUGACUAUAAAGCAUCAACCCAGACUUGCUAUCUUCAAGCGGCAAUGGGUGUGGUGGAGUACACCCCCUACUUGGAUCGGUCUUUCUCCUACCCAACUCUGACGUAUAUGUAUGGGUGGGCAGUUAUACCUUACACAAACAAUGAUAUUAAUCUAAUGGAAGGACUGCACAAAGAGAUCGGAAAACGCAUCCAGACACUGCCAAAGAAUACACCGGACCCUGUUGCCACAAGUUUGCUUGGAUGGAUGUCUGUUAGAGCAGAAAUUGACUGUGAUAGAUUAAUGGUUUUGUCUUAA